GCUCUCUUGCUCUCUGUUUGCCCGCACACGUAUAGUAACGCUGGGCCCAUCUCGCUCUCGACCCAAUUCCUCUCCUCCCCCUCGUCGAUCCCUAUAUACGCACCGGUACACGGGUACUCUGCCAUCGUCGAAUCGCUUCUCCUGCCUCUCGUCGACGCUUCGCGGGGCAAUUUACCAGCAAAGAAGCCACCAAAGGUCCUUCCUUCUUUGCUCGUAAAUUGAUCCGAAUAACCAUCUAUCCCCCCCUCCGCAGCAUAUCGUAUCCAGCUGUAAAUUGAACCGAUCCGAGCGUCGAGCUUGCAAGCUCCCAAGGGGCCUAAAAUAAGGAGCAGAGAGAGAGAGAUAGAUCGAGUAUAUAGCGAGUGAGUCGCCCGAGAGCGCCUCGCUCGCGACCGGCAACCCGAGCCACCACGGGGAAGAAGAAGAAGGAGCAGGAGAAGGAGAUGCAGGCCACAGGCGGGGGUGGCGACUGCAAGGUGGCCACCGUCGAGGUCGAGGCCUCCGGGGCCGGGGACAACACGGCCACGCUGCCCGUUACGCGGCCCCUCAAUCCUCAGGCCGGCUCGGCCGAGCCACCCAACGCACAGGACAACGCGGAGAAGAACAACGCCGCCAACAAGGAGAUGGAACUCAAGAACGUGCGCUCCACUCCGGCCAAAAAAACGUCCCUGUUCAUAAUAAUGAGCUUCAUAUACGCGAAGCUCCUGGUGGUGGUGUGCGUGGCGUACGUGAUAAGCGAGGCGGUAACGUACAGGCUGCCCCUGUACUACUACGAGGGUUUCUUCACCUACCUGUACGGAGUGAGCAUACUCUUCCUCCUCUACGUCUUCUGUUUCCUGCUGCAGGAGAGCGCGUGUUGCUCGCGGGGCGCGGACGUGCCACCGCCCCAGCCGAAACCCCCCAAGCAACCCAAGGAACCCAAGGACAAGAGCAAGAAGAAGGACAAAAAGGACAAGAAGGACAAGAAGGAGGAGAAGAGCAAGAAGGAGUUUCAGGAACGUUUAUUCCAGGAUGCCACGGAUGUGGAGGCCGGAGUGGCCACCCGUGCCCUCAGGAGGCGCAAGACCUCCCUGAACGACUCGAGCCACGGAAGCUUCUUCCUGCGAAUCGGCGCCAUCGGCUUUGGUCUCGGCACGAUGGUGUACAACGGACUGGAAUUCGGGGUCUUCUUUGAAGUCCCACCCACGUCGCCCUGCUAUCAGAUACUCCAAGGCGUCAACCCCGUUCUCCAGAUGAUCUUUACUUUUAUGCAAAUGUACUUUAUCUUCAUGAAUUCUAGGCUGAACAUCCAUCGAUUCAAAGUCGUCGCCCGAUUCGGCCUCAUGCACGUGGUGGCCACGAACCUCUGCGUCUGGAUCCGUACCCUCGUACUGGAGAGCAUAAAAGAGAUAACCGAGUACCACCGAAACCAGGGUCGCACCGAAGCCGGAAUACUAGCGAGCAUAAAGGGCCAUACGCUGCAAAACGCUGGGGUCAUACUGGGCGAGCGUCCCCGCGACAUGGCGAACCUGCGCCUCUACCCGGGCGGUAGUCCCACACCCUACCCGAACAAGUUUGCCCGGACGGUGGCGACGACCGCCUCCUCGUUCAACCGCAUGAUGCGCACGACGGUGCGCCCGGUGGCCCGUGCCGUGACCCUGGGCACAAAGACGACGACCUCGACCUCGACGAUCACGCCGUCCUCGUUGUUGUACCCACGUAGUAGUAGCAGUAGUAGUGGCGGCGGUAACCCGCUCUACUCGUCUACGUCGUUCCCGAGCACCGAGUGGACGACCCCGUCCUCGAGCGAGGCCUACUCCUCGACCCUACUCACCGAGGCCGCCACCUCCACCCUGGCGCCCGCUACGACCACCGCCGCCGCAACCACGACCUCCACCGCGGCGACUACCCUAUCCGGCAUCCUAACCUCUCUCCUGCCCAAGAGGGACCACUACUCGCUAACGACUUCGCCGCCCGACUCGGCUCUAGGCUCGACGACGACGGCCACCACCAGCAGCAGCAGCAGCGCCGGGGCCCUCUUGCACUCCACCGCCACCUACGCAGCCGACAUAUUCAGCGACUUUGAUCUCCAGUCGGACAGCGACAGCAGCAGCAGGAACAACAUCCCGCGCUUCGUCGACUCGGUCCUCAACUCGACGGCGGCGAAUCUCACGGGGAGCGCCACCGGCGCUUCGGUCAUCGGUUCCCUGUGGAAUCCGAGUUUCAACGUUUACGCCGAGGCGCUGACAUUCACCGAGACCGGGCCUAUCGGGCUCAUGCCGGGCGGCAACAACACCUGCGGUCGGGUCAACAUCAUGGGCACCAUUGUCAAGGACGCGGCGCCGUACCUGUUCCCCUUCAUCAUCGAGUACAGUUUGAUCGGGGCUGCGGUCAUCUACGUCAUGUGGAAGCACAUUGGCCGGCACCCGCGCUCGCCCCACCAGAUCGAGGCCGACCUCGAGCGCAAACUCGAGGCCAUGCUCUCCAGGCGCGCCGUGGCUCUUGCUCACGCAGAUGAGUCGGCUGAAAAUAACGCUGAAAAUAGUGCUGAAAAUAACGCUGAAAAUAACGAAUCAGGGAAUGUCACUAAGCAAGAAGAGCUCGAUGUAGGAAAAGAGACCGGUGUUACAUACACUUUGAGCAAAGAUAACGGCCGCAUGGAUUGCGUGGGCGCCAGCAAGGGUCUCUUCAUCGGUCUCCUGCUCCUCGUCGCCUCGUUGAUCUGCCUGAUCCUCUUCUUCGUGCUGAUCCACCACCCGGACUUUGGACUGCUCGCCAUAUACCUCGCCGACGUGUCGCACUGCGCCCUCAUGGUCCUUUCGAUAUUCGCCAUCAUAGUCGGCUUCUGUCGCAUCCAAAACCUCAAGUUCAAAGCCGAGGAGCAGAGCGACCUCAACGACAUACUCCUGCGCGUCUCGGCCUUCGGGCUCUUCAUCUACGCGGUCUUCAGCAUCAUAGCCGGCUCCCUAGCUGCCUUCACCCACGAGCCGAACCUCCUCGUCAUGGUGACCAACGCCGUAGCCGUGGUCCAGGUUGUCCUCCAAUUGCUCUUCAUCUCGGACGUAUCGCGCCGGCGUGUCCACCUGCCCGAGCACGAUCGCAGCAAACCCGGCCGGCAGAUAGUCACCUUCCUUCUCAUCUGCAACGUCACCAUGUGGGUCAUCUACACCUUCGAGGCGCAAAAGGUCGCGGCGAAUCCCGUGCAGAUCGACUUCUACGGCUACCUGCCCUGGGCCCUCGUGCAAAGGUUCACGAUACCCCUGUGCAUCUUCCACAGGUUCCACAGCGCGGUCACGCUCGCCGAGAUCUGGAAGACCAGCUACAAGGCCCGUCUCGAGUAAGCCCAUCCCACCCCGACUGCCCUCGCGUUUGCGCUCGCUCGUUGACGCGCCGGCUUAUCUCUCGCUGGAAGCAAAAAAACGACGGGUUAUCAUUACGAUGUAUUUUUUUUUUGCAAUUUUGCGACGACAACGAACGGCGCUAACUCACCCUCGCGAACUGCACGAUGCACGCCUCUUAGUUGUCGAUGGGCUGAUUACACCUGUACUCCUCUUUUGGGUUUACUUUUCGUUUGACUUCGUCGACGGAUCAUCUCCACAAAGUUGCGAUCAAAACCAUACAUGGAUUCGAUAUACACCCCGAAAUCGGGAGCCAAAACCGCAUCGUGAUAAUUAUUAGGACGUAUGUUUAGACGUUUAGUUUGGGCUUUUCGACGAUUCCAACGUCGCGUUUUCUACUUUUAUACCUUGGCCGGCCGUUCGCGCGUCCCGCAAUAAGUCUGAAACGAAAAAAAAACAAAGGGGGCGAGCGCGCGAGCAGACGGGCUUUUUUAGUCUAGACCGACGAAACGAUUAUUCGAAUCUUGACGGCGAUUUCUUUUCGAAAGUUGUGCUGCAGUCGCGUGUAGGUGGGCCCGGGCGUUCGGGACGUUGUCGGAGAUCAUCAUAGCAAAGAGGCUGAGAGGAAAAGACGAAUUUUAACUGACGAUUUUGUCGCCGAUCGACUUGCGUUAAAGUUAAACGAGAUUCGAUGUUUACCGAUUCACACGGGACGUGUGUUAUGAUUUUUUAUUUUUUACCCCCCAGUCUGUGUUCAAAUUCCGUUCGAUCAGUGCAAAGAGAUCAAUGAAACGCGAUAAGAGUACAAAAAUUAUUCUUACCCCGAUGAGCAACUCAUUUUUUGAAUCAAUGCAGUGGUCUGAACCUUAACUUUGAAUAAUUUGUGGGCAAAAUUUCUAAUCAACUUUACAAGCAACGAAGAUGUCGGAGAAAACAGCAUUACUAAAUUGAUGGAAAAAAAAAAAGAAAAGAAACCCAACUUGCUGAGAGUUAAUGAGGCAUAGGUAGGAGACAUUCGAACUCGAUGAACAAAUAAAAGUAACCAAUGAAUUAGCCAACUCGUAGAUAUUGUGCACGCAAUUUUAGCGCGUCAUGUGGAAGACACGCGAUUUUAACCAAGUAAAUUAAAAGCGUAGAGGCCGUAGUGGAUAACAAAGAUGUUUUAGAGGAUAAACAAAAGAAUUCAUCCAUUCAUCGCGAAAAGAUAAUUACGUCGCUAUUUAUUAGUGGUCUAGGGUCCGAAUUUUUUUUCGGCCGCUCAUACAUUCAUGAUGCAUUAACAGAAUCGAUACCGCAAUCUGUGUAUUAUUAUUACUAUUAACGUCGCUAUUAUGCCGGUGAUAUUAAAAAGAAGAAAAAAAAAGUAAUAAUAAACUUGCGAUAUAUUUCAACGUGUUUUAGAAAAAAAUGUAAUAACAAUAAUAAAAACCAUACCCCCCCCCCUCCUCCGCCGCAAGAGUAGAAGCCGAGUUUCUCUAAUUUUUCCCUUGGAAAGAGAAACAGGAGAAAUAUUGAGGAUUAGUAUAAUAAUAGCUAUAAUGAAUAUUAAAUCUAAACUCUCUUUGAUCAUCCUCGUAAGCGCCAUCCUACUUAUAUAGCUUUCCAAGUCUACGUACGUUUAAAUUUAAAUGAAAAUGAAAUGACACGCAAACGAUUAGGUAUACAUUAAAACGUAUAUAAAAUAAACAACAUAAGAGUAAAUAUGAAUAUAAAAAUAUAUAUUAUAAAUAUAAACGUGACGAGAUUGAAACGAAUGAGUUUUGUCGGGCGUAGAUUGAUGAGAAUCGCGAGGAAGUGUACGAAAUGAAACAAGAAAACACCACGAUGACGAAAAACAAGAAAAAUAAUCAUACGAACAUUAUAGAUAUAUAAUAUGACUUAUACAUACAAGAUUCAAGUAACCGAAGCGACAAUGCAAUGGUAAGGAUAAAAAAAACAAAAAUUACGAUAUACAAAGAUAUUAUAUAUAUAUAAAUAUAAAUAUAAAUAUUAUGAUUAAUAUAACGUGAAGGCGUAAUUGUAUCGACUUAUUGUGUGCGCGUGAAUGUAACAAAAUAUGCGUGCGUCCAAGUAUAUAAAUAUGAUGUAAAUAUCAGUGAGUUGUACGAGUUAAAUAUACGAGUAUACGUUUGCGUGACUUACGAUGCAUUUACUUUGUAAUCAAUAUCGUUCGUUUUUCUAUUAACUCCUUCUAUCGUUGUAAAAGACUUAAGUUGUGUACUUUUAAUCAUCCAGUAUAUAUUCAACAAUCAUUAAAUAUUAUCGCCAUCGAUCAUUACGAUUUUCAUUACAAUUAUGAUAAAUUUAACGAUAAGAGGAGAACCCCUUAGAGACAUGGCUAAGCGUUGAAGCAAACGAAUGGCCGAGUUGUGAAACAGACGAGGCAAUAGUCGAGAGAUUUGUUUAGCUUUUGGCGAAUAAUAAGUUUUAUCGAUAUUUCGGUAUGAAUAUUACACGAGAGUGUAAGUAAUUGUAAGUUUUGUGAAAAUAUGUAACACUGAUUAAAAAUCAAUAAAAAAAUGAUAAAAAAAAAUUAAGAAGCCAAAUCACACAAUUGUUCGUUAUCAAGUAACUGAACAUGGCACUGCCACACAGGACCAAAAUAAUAAGAAAAAAAACAAACAAACAAAAAAAAAAACAAUUUAAAAAAUUGAAAAGAUGAUUAAAAACAAAGAUCGAUGAGUUGGUCCCAGGUACACGAUAAAUAAAAAAUAAAUUAUCUCUGAAAACCAUGAAUCAUUGUACUGGGUUGCAGGUGUAGUUCGAUCUGAAACUGGUCAGACUUUUUUUGUAUAAUCCAUUGGAUCGCGGGAUCGUUUUGACUCGGUUAUAGAACGAAAGGACAGGGACAGCUGAUAAGGGUUGACUUUAAUCACGGUUGGUUUGCGAAAGUAUGUGUUUGAAGGAUUGAAACGAUUUUUUUGAAUAUUUGCAAUAGCAAUGAUUAUUAAGCGAGGAAAAUUUUUGAAAUAAAAUAGAGAUAAUAAAUAUCGAUGUGAGAUUGGAUGAAGAGAGUACGAGAAAUAAUAAUAGUAAUAAUACAAUAGUAAUAGCAGAGAGAAGGGAAAGGAGAGUCGGGAAAGCUUGAGGAGGAACACGUGAAAUUAAAGCAUUCUUGUAUAAGUACACCGAUAUCUUAAUGAAAAUAAUAGUAGCUGUAAGCCUAAACGAUUGUAAGGCCGUGGAUUUGUGUGAAAAUGGAAACAAAAAAGAAAAUAAAAAUUUUGAGGGUGUUAUCGUAUGACUCCGAUGACCCUCGAUCAAGUGAUUGAAAGUGUAAUCAAAAAAACAAGGGACAAGAAAAUUCGAUUCAUUUUUUACGGUCAAAGACGCGAAGUAACUAUAUCUAUUUUUUAAACAUGUUUUUUCGAGGAUAAAAUUCCCUGUAUAGUUUAGAGAAAAAAAUAAAAUAAAAAUACGGAAGUCACGAGGAGCUCGUGUAUCUAUUAAUUUUACGAAUUUUAGUGAGUAAAUAAGAUAACAAAAUAAGUGAAAAAAAAAAAAAAAAAAAAUUAAGUAAAGGGACGACCUUUCGUAAUUUCAGUUGUUAGCGGAAAAAAAACAGAGACAACGCCACACACGUACUCUCGAAAAUCGUAAACAUCUUGAGCUCGGAGUUAACGUCAUUUAGCGCUGCACUUCUUUAUAAAAAAAAUUAGAAUUGCACGACUGAUGUGAUUAUAGUGGUGAUUCAACAUAAAUUCCGAAACGUUAAAAAAAAAA